AUGGAGAGGACCAAAAAGAAAAAUUUUUCCUUCCAAGGGUACUUCAAAAAAUCGCCAGAGUCCACAAGCAAUGAGCAGAAGGAUAACCAGAAGGAUCACGUGGAUGGUGACCACACCAUUGAGGGGGACGAAUCGGAGGUAGGGUUCAGGAGCCCUGUGGAGAUGCAGUUUGGUGAAAAUCCCCUGGGGGUAGUAGCUUAUUACCGUUGCACAGAAGGGAAGCUCACCACUUUGGAAGAUUCCUCCGGGUGCCACAGGUCAGCGUCCAUCCGCAACUAUCGGGAGGAGGAUGCAGACUCUCCGUGGAUGUUCAAGCUAAAAAACAGAGAGUUAGUCGACCUGGAAAACAGGAGGGGAGAAAGGGCCAAGGCAAACUAUUGCUUGAAACUUAGCGGAAAAUCCAAGUUUUACUUGAAAGUGGAGUCGGACAACUGUCUGGAGCUUCUGGGAGGAAAUUACUGCACCAAUGAAAGGGCCAUUAGAAUAAAAAAAGAAAUUUGUAAAAAAUUAGGAAACGAAAACAAUGAAGGAUUUACAUUCCAAAUGUGGAUUGGAAUAGAAGAAGACAAAAUUUUUGUGGAAGAGGAAAAAAAAAAAAAAAAAAAAAAAAAAAAAAAAUAUAUUUGUUUAAUACAAAAAGGGAAGGAGGAAAAGUAUCAGUGGAGUAUACAUCUAGUGAUAGACAACGACGAAUGCUAUUUCCUUAUCGACUUCAGGAAUGAGAAGUUUCGAUUUGAUCCCUUUCCAUUAGGAUAUUUAAAAACAAAAAAAAUCAAUGAUUACUACUGGAGCCACGUGUCUAUUAUUUUUAAUCUAACCAUCGAUCUCAUUUACGUUAUUUUAACUGGAGAGGAUAGUUAUUUCUUACAGGCGUGCAAAAAUACGUACGCCAUUUUUUACAGCAGUGUUCUUUAUCCGACCAACUUUUUUACCGACAGCUCAACGGCGUUGCCUCUUUAUAUCGGGGCCAAACCGUACACUGAGUUUGGGGGUUCCGAUGAGAGUGAGGACAACCCGCAUGCAGAAGAAAUGAAGAUCAAAAGUGGGAGAUCAUCCAAAUCUAGUAGAAUCCACAAAGGAAGUAGCGAAUUUGUAUCCUUCCUCAUCACCGAAAUAAGGCUAUUUGCGUUAAGUAGAUCUGCUGACCUCGUGGUUAAGGAAAGCAGAGCUCUUUUGGAAUGUGCCUGGCUUGGUGGUGCCAAUGAAGGAUUCUCGAACGGGGAGGAAGAGUUGGGGGGGGGACUGAAUGGACUGACAGAACACACCGGCCUGGGUAGCCGGAGUAACCUACCAGAUGGCGAAAAUAGAAAGAGCUCAAAGAAACAUUCAAGAAGGGGAAAAAGUAGUGAAGGGAAGUCGAGUGAUAACCAAUGGGGCAAAGAGAGCAGCGAUGAUGGGGAUGAAUAUGUCGCUAUGUCUAGUGCGAUUGAGGGGAAAGACGGCGCGGAAGGAAGGGACGACAUCAAGAACAGGUGGAAUGAAUUCAACAAGGAGAUUAAGAAGAUGAAGGAGAAAGUCCACAAGUUUAGCGACGAGAUGAAGGGAGGGAGCGAUGGAGGAAGUGAUGACCGGAGUGACUACGAGAGAGAUGCUGGAAAUGCCAAUGAUGCUACCACACCUUCGCUGCACCCUCACGGUGGUCACCCUUCACAGGAGGAUUUCUUUAAAUUCGACUCGGAGGAGGAGCAGGACAAUUUGGGGGAGGACGAUUUUUUUUUCAAACGGGAAAGGAAGAACAGGCCCAACGGCACGACUCCCUCCGGUGAUGAAAUUUUUGUUAAAAAGAAGAAAAGCAAUAUAAACAAGGGGAAGACGGGCAAAUACGAUUCGAAUGAGCCUGCCCAAAUGAACACAGGGGAAAAGAAUUAUCCUGCUUUUUAUUUUAACUUCUCCGAUGAGGGUGGGGAGAAGAGGGAGGAGGCACAAUCGGGUGUCAGGAAGUUAGGUGGACCGGAAGACAGCGAGGAAAAUCUAUCGAUAGAAGCUGGGAAACCAUCCUUGGAAGGAGAAACUCCAUCAGGAAAAGAACACACCCAUUCUGUUAAUCAGGGGAGAAAUUCCCAGGACGGAGUAAAGGGUCCUAUGAAAAAGUAUCUUAACAAAAUUGUGAAGGGGAAAAGUGCAGAUGAUUCAGAAGUAGAAGAAGGUAGGCAUUACAACGAGGAAGAUGUGAACCUACUGCUGAAUGAACUGAAGGAUAAGUUUGAGAGCGAAUUUGUGGACAUCGUCAUAGAGAAACUUGGGCACAAGUUUAAUCUGAAAGAAAAGGACAAAGAAGAAAUAUUUUCUACAUUUAAAUCGAGUGCAAAGACAGAGAAGGAGCAGGUGGACUCGGACUGCAUCAAGGAAAGGUAUCUUGCAUUAGUAAAACUAAGAGAGGACAGACAACAGAACAAACUGCAUGAAGAAAUAAAGGAGGAGUUGAAAAAGAUCAAGGAGCAAUCCAAUGUUGAAAAGAACCUAAGUAGUUACAUCAAGGACAACCAGUUGUUGAAUGAAUACUAUAUAAAAAAGUACAGUUGCACUGGAGGGAAACUCAGCGACAAGGAGAGCGAAGAGAACUUUCCGCAAGAAACAUGGACGUAUGGGAAGAAAUUGUCUGGCGGGAAUGAACAGAAGGAAGGGGUACUCAGUAACUCCAAUUCGAUUAGAGGAGAAUCGCACACCUCUGAUAAGAGUCACUCCAUUGUAAACUUGCAGUAUCAGGACGGAAGCCACGUCUUCGCGGAGGGGGAGAAGGAGAGCAGAUCCAACAGCAGUGAAGAGCUGACCGUACAGAUGGGUACAAAUAUCAAUGGACACUUCCACAUAAAAGAGGAGGGAAAUCUCAAAGAGCGGGUUGAGCAGGAGGAGAAGAAGUCUGAUAUCAGCGAUUUUACUUUUAUGAAGAGCAGCAGUGGGCGUGGCGGUCACGUCAAGCGCAGCGGUGAGUUUGCCAUCCAAAGUAACGAUCCGCCCCUCAUACCGGAGGAGCUCCGAAUAGUCCCGUCGAACGAGAGCGAUUUGCUACCUGAGGAGGGGAAGAACAGGAGAAGCAUCUCCAGCCAUCUUUUGAACGAAGAAGAACUGAAGCAUGGUAACAAUGAAAUCAGCCAAGCAAUAAAAGCAGGGAAACAUUUCUAUCAAUUUAUAUGCCCAUUGACCCCUUAUGAAUUAUUUCUCCUAAGGAGGUUCCACAGAAAGGGAAUAAACGAAGAACUUAAGGAAUUUAGAAAUAAAAAGUACCUCUCUUGUGAUAAGCAACUGAUCCCAACAGGAGGAAUUUGUAGAACUCCCCUAAACGUUGCCUACAUAAAAUACAAAAUAACGAUGAUGAAGUCCAUGUUGAAAAGUAGCCGCAGAUAUAUUCACGAGAAGAAGUUCAAGAAGGGGCUAAAAGUUUGCAUAAAGAAUUCAGAGUACAUCAAGAAUUUUGUCAGAAGCUAUUGUGUGUUGAAAAGGAGGGAACUGAGUCGGAACUCCUCCUCACCGCGGUCCUCCAUAGGAUCUCCUGAGGGAACCCUCUAUCAGUAUUCCGACUUCUACCUGAAUGUAGAUAGCGCAUACAUCACCAUGGACGAGCUAAAGAACAUUUUAAAGACCAAUGUGAGGAAUAUAAUUAUCUGUAAAAUAUUUAUUUUGAUCAAGGAGUACAAAAAGUAUAAGUACAUUGAGAACUCGUCUCUAAUUUUAGCUCUGCAGUCUAUCCUUUGUCGGGUCGUAACGAGUUAUACAUUGUUGAGGAAAAUUUUGAGGAAGUUUAUCCUGUUACUCUUCCUGAGGGGUUGUCUGAGUUGCGUAGAAUCUAUGUGUAGCUUUCUCUUUCUGAUGUACCCUAAGGAACGGAACCAUCCGCUUGUUGCCAAACUGUAUUCCCUCUGUAGAAAUUCCUUUUUAAUAUACUCCACAUGCUACAAGAGCAAUAAAUAUGCCAUGAUUAAUAAUUACGAUAUGAACUUUGAGAAGUGCGUACAAUUUUUUUCUCCAGAAUGGGGCUACUACAUCUACACGACCAGCAACUUUAACAUCUUCUCCUCCAGUGUAAAGUUCAAUGGCUUCUUGAAAAGGGACAUGGACUUCUCCGCCAUAGGGCACGUGGGAGAACAGAAGGAGGGACGACAACGUGAACAACAACAGGAACAACAGCAGGAACAACAGCAGGAACCGGGGGUCAUAUGCGGUAUGAGUAGCCGUUUGGGUAGUUCUGCGGGUAGUGGCAUCAAUGUUGAUGAACCUUUGGGAGGCACACAUCCCCAUAUAGACGUGGAACCCCGGACGGACCUGACGGAGCUACCGAAAGAUGAUCCCCCGAGGGAAUCCACGGACGGAGGAAAACUCGCAAACAUGGAUAUGUGCAAAGAUGUGAGCAAUACAGAAGGAAGGGAACUGAGAGAAAACGAUUUGUACACAUACCUAACAAACUAUGAGAAGAAAAAAAGGAGUUAUUACAUCAUUGAUGAUAAUCUGAGGCGCAUCGACUUCACUAGAAAAGAAACCAACUACAACUUGGAGACCUUUCUCCAGGUGGGGAAUCUGAAUGGAAGCUCAGCAGAGCAGACUAAACGGGACCAAUUGGAUAGACUUAUGAGCAAAGUCAACCGUGACGUAUAUCUGAAUUCUUCCGUCUCCUGCACGAAUGCCAACUUUUUGGGCCAUUGUCCCCACUGCAAGCAUGCCUUCAACUUCUUCACUCGGUCGUGUAAAUUGUGCCAGCGGUAUGUGCACGUGUGCUACUACCUACUCAUUCACUGUACCUACAAGUACCACUGCGAGUUGUGCGACGCAACGUACUCGGAGAAGUGCCUGGAAAAGUUCUCAGAAGGAUUCACCUGCUUUUACUGCGGGUUGUUUUUCAUUCGAAAGUGA